UAAAUACGAGAUAUUUUGGUGGCAAUGCCCCCGGGGCCUUCACCCCCGGGCUGUUGUGAUACAUUGCACUCAUCAGUGGUAUUCGGCUUGGAGUGUAUAGGCCAUUCUUCAGUCAAUGGUAUAGCCUCGUCCAUAUCUAACUUACCAUUCUUAUCAGAAUGAGUUGAAGAUUUUUCUACUUGGACGAAUUCAUUAUUCCUUCAGUAGCUGUUAUCCAAGAGCUAACCUCAGCCAUUAUCAAAAGUGUAAAAUGACAACGGCACAGAUCGAUCGAGUUCUUGAGCUGUACAAAUCUGUGGUACAAAACCCUUCGUUGUCAGAUGCAAGAAUUUUAGAUGUCAAUGCAGGAAAUAUAACUGUCCAAAGUUCGUGGAAUCAGAGGAACCUUGAUAGACGGGUGACCCAAAAAUUCACUCAACAGCAUGUCCUGAACUCAAGUCUUGAAAAACUAAUUGAAACCUUUCCAAUCGAUGUAACAACAGAAAUCACUGCAUCGUCUACUGAUGACGAACAGCGAAGAGCGGUGCUCAGGCAAGCGACAGUGGACAACACCGCAAAACAAUUCAUUGAAAUUUGGGACAGACAACAUCUAGUGAAAAAUUAUGACCUGUCGGCAAUAGAUGUGCAUGGCGACAUUUAUACUGAUACUGAAUUCGGGGCAUUUAAUUGGUCACCUGAUAAAUCUAAGCUCGUUUAUAUUGCUGAGAAAAAGCUUAGUAAAUCCAGUGCAUUCUAUAAACAAGCAUCUCAAGAUAAAACAACACCAACCACCCCAAAAUCGGACGAGGAAACGAGGGGAAAUGAGUAUUUGUAUAAGCCGCAUUGGGGAGAGCGAUUAGUGGGCAAACACCGGCCUGUAGUUGUCAUAUUAGAUACAGAGGCAGAUACAAUUACACCUCUGUCUGGUAUACCAGCAGAUUUAUCCCCAGGGCAACCCCAGUGGAGCCCGGAUGGCAAGGAUAUCAUUGGAGUGGCAUGGAAACAUGAGCCCAGAUAUCUUGGGCUCAUUGCAUGUACAAACAGAAACUCGUGGAUAUUUCAAUUGAAGAAUGGAGAAUACACUGUGAUAUCGAGCGACAAUUGUGCUGUACGGGCCCCACGGUUCAGUCCAGAUGGACGAUACCUCGUGUGGCUGGAAAGAGAAGCAGGUGGACCGCAUCAUAACGCACAAAGACUGAUGCGCAAGGCAUGGACCAGUACUGCAACCGAGCCCGAGAUUCUGAUCGAUGUGAUUAACGUCAGUAUCACGAUAAGUAACGAGAAACAGUUUUACGGUCUUUAUAAUCAAAGCUUGCCUCAACGUUGCUGGAGUAGCGAUUCCCGAUAUUUAUUUCUGAGCACACCUCAACGUGCAAAUACUAGAUCCUACAUCGUAAAUAUAGAUACCAAAACGAUGUUUGAGAUCACAAACGAUACUAGCAGUUUGUCCAUAUUGGACGUCAAAGAUGAUUUUAUUGCUUUUACACGAAGUUCCCUUGUUGAGCCAACCAGACUCACGGUAGGACGAUUUGUUGAGACUGCUUCUAACUUGGGAAAUAUUGAGCGAGUAGAAAUUUCAACACCUUUGCAAAUUGAGGGGCUCGAGAACCUUAAAUACGAGUUCAUCGAACACUUGUAUGAUAACAACGAUGACGUCAAACAAUUCAACUCGAUAUACUUCGGUCCUGCAAGUGGAAGCGCUGCAUCUGUACCUCUGAUAGUCACUCCACAUGGUGGGCCACAUUCCUCAUUUGCAAAUGCCUUUUCGCUGGAUCAAACUAUCUUUGCCUUACUCGGCUUUGGAAUAUUGCAAGUAAACUAUCGUGGUUCUACGGGGAUGGGUUCGAAAAACGUAGAAUUUCUGCCAGGUAAAGUGGGACGCUCAGAUACAUUGGAUUGCGUAACUGCUACCCAAGAGGCAAUUAAGAAAUACUCGUUCCUCAGUCCGGCGCGCAUGGGGCUUUAUGGUGGUUCGCAUGGAGGCUUUUUAGUAGCUCAUCUCAGCGGACAAUAUCCUACCCUAUAUAAAGCAGUCGUGGCAAGGAAUCCGGUCAUCGAUAUUGCAGCUAUGUUCACCAUAUCUGACAUUCCGGAUUGGUGUGCCGUUGAAGCAGGCUUUCCUUACUAUGAAUCUAUCCCUCAACCUCUGGGUACGGAGAUGUUCAUAAAGAUGUUCGAAAGCUCACCGAUUAUUCAUGCUGAUAAAGUUCGAGCGCCAACAUUGAUGUGCAUUGGUACUAAUGAUUUACGUGUGCCAUCAAGUCAGGGAAAGCUUUGGCAUCAUCGACUCAAGGCCAACAACGUCAUCACCAAGAUGUUGGUGUACGAGGACAAUCAUGCCCUGGGUUCUGGAGCUGUCGAAAUCGACAAUAUUAUCAACGCGGCCCUAUGGCUGAUGGAGUAUACUUCAGCCACUACGGAAUAAAGAACCUACCGAGUCUCUGUGGCUGGUUAAUUUCCAUCAAAUAUAUUUACGACAACUUUCUCAAUUGUAAAAAAAAGACUUCCAAUAUUUUGCUACUCUUUAUGUAACUACUCUGGGAAGGAGUGAUAUUACUUCUAUUAAUGCGUGUGUCAUGUACUGUUAUAAAGUUUGUAUUUACAGAAUACCAUUACUUAGAUACUUUUUGUAUCACAAUAAAUUCAAAUAUACAUAAUACAUAUACAAAUA